AUCUCGCGUUGCUGGCCUUUUCUCUCUACCUCCCCUCCUCCUUCCUCCUUCCUCCACUCCCUUGCCCACUCUAUCUCAUUUCUCUAUCACUCUCUCAUUUCUGAGCGUGUAAGAGACUCGGCGACUGUAUCUCCUCCCGAACCAAACUCGAAGCGCUGCAGUCUUUGAAAAACAGAGGCGAUACACUCCCUGCUCCACAACAUGGCUACUAUCGUUACCUCAACCCGGUUUACUGACGAAUACCAGCUGUACGAAGAACUCGGGAAGGGCGCAUUCUCCGUGGUUCGCAGAUGUGUGAAGAAAUCCACCGGCCAGGAAUAUGCAGCAAAGAUUAUCAACACUAAAAAACUUUCGGCAAGAGAUCACCAGAAGCUGGAUCGAGAGGCGCGAAUCUGCCGUCUCCUGAAGCACCCCAACAUUGUGCGACUCCACGACAGCAUCUCUGAAGAGGGAUUUCAUUACCUCCUCUUUGACCUUGUGACUGGGGGCGAGCUGUUUGAAGAUAUCGUUGCCAGGGAGUACUACAGCGAGGCGGAUGCAAGCCAGUGUAUUAACCAGAUCCUGGAGAGUGUCAAUCACAUCCACCAGCAUGACAUCGUGCACAGGGACCUUAAGCCUGAGAACCUGCUCCUGGCCAGCAAGAUGAAGGGGGCGGCGGUGAAGCUUGCUGAUUUCGGACUGGCCAUCGAGGUGCAGGGAGAGCAGCAGGCCUGGUUUGGUUUCGCAGGCACCCCUGGCUACCUCUCCCCUGAGGUCCUUCGGAAGGACCCCUACGGCAAGCCAGUGGAUAUCUGGGCGUGCGGUGUGGUCCUCUACAUUCUGCUGGUGGGCUAUCCUCCCUUCUGGGAUGAAGAUCAGCAUAAACUGUACCAGCAGAUCAAGGCAGGAGCCUAUGAUUUCCCCUCGCCAGAGUGGGACACAGUGACGCCUGAGGCCAAGAACCUCAUCAACCAGAUGCUGACCAUCAACCCAGCCAAAAGGAUCACUGCUGACCAGGCCCUGAAGCACCCCUGGGUCUGCCAACGCUCCACCGUGGCCUCCAUGAUGCACCGCCAGGAGACUGUAGAGUGUCUGCGCAAGUUCAACGCACGGAGGAAACUCAAGGGAGCGAUCCUUACCACCAUGCUGGUCUCAAGAAACUUUUCAGUUGGCAGGCAGAGUACCAGCCCUGCCGCCGCCACCACCAGCACUGCGGCGCUGGCAGAGCAAGCUGCAAAAAGCUUACUAAACAAAAAGUCAGACGGCGUGAAGAAAAGGAAGUCCAGCUCCAGUGUUUAUUUAAUGCCACAGACAAACAACACUAAAAACAGUACAGUAAGCAGCAGCAAAGACAGCAGCAUUUCAUCUUCAGCACCAAUGGAACCACAGACCACUGUUGUGCACAACCCUCCUGACGGCAUCAAGGGAUCCACGGAGAGCUGCAACACAACAGAAGAGGAAGACAUGAAAGUGUCUGUCUGUGGCACUAGCAACGACAGUGCGGUGGUGAGCCAGAGCAGUGCCGUGACUGAGGACCUGACAGUGCAGGUGGGAUCCCCUCAGUCUCCGCCAGCCACUGGCCUGCUGCAUGAAGUAAAACGCAUUGCUUGGAACAGUUCAGGACAGGUCUCUGAUUUAGAGCAUGCUCAUGCCAUAGCGUCCUCCUUCUCCAGGCCCCUAGGUGGCAGCACCAUGCAGCUGUUUCGCAAGCAGGAGAUAAUCAAGAUCACAGAGCAGCUGAUUGAAGCGGUCAACAAUGGAGACUUUGAGGCCUACACGAGAAUCUGUGACCCUGGGCUGACUUCGUUCGAACCUGAGGCACUUGGAAACCUGGUGGAGGGGAUGGAUUUCCACAAGUUCUACUUCGAAAACUUGUUGAGUAAGAACAGCAAGCCGGUCCACACCACCAUCCUGAACCCUCACGUUCACCUGAUUGGGGAGGAUGCAGCCUGCAUUGCGUAUAUCCGGCUGACUCAGUACAUCGACACCCAGGGCCGGCCACGCAGCAGCCAGUCCGAGGAGACACGCGUGUGGCACCGUCGCGACGCCAAGUGGCUGAACGUGCACUUCCACUGCUCUGGGGCCCCUGCCGCUCCACUACAGUGAACACUGUGAGCACGGCUCGCUUGGAUUCCAAAGCUGAAUGGAGCGUUUCUUCUCCGUGGUCGGAUUGGCGCCGGAGAGCCCGGAUGGAGGAGACCUCUCGAAGUUUAAAAAAAAAUUACAAAAAACAACAAACAAGUCCAACCCUAGCUAGACGUUCCGAGCGCGCCCGCCACCGCGGCCCCGCUCUCGGGAUGGUGCAUGCUUCUGACGCCUACGCGGCGGCUGCUGUUUUCUUGUCGUUUUCCAUGGAUCCAUCUUUUUUUGCCCGUUUAUGCUGUCCAGAAGGUGUUUUAAACAAAAAAAAAUACAAAAAAAAAAAUUAUAUAGAAAAAAAAAAAAAUACAAAAAAGAUACGUUUUAAAAAAAAUCAUUUUAUUUUUACGUGAAAUAAGUCAACAGAGCAAGAAGGGAAGUGAGGAUUGAACUAGAAUGAAUAUAUAUAUAUAUACACACACACACACACAUUUUAAAGCACCAAAGUGUAGACUUCCGGCAUAAAUGAAAUUGUUUUCGCGUUGGUUUUGUUUUUUGGGGGUGGAAGUGGGGCUGGGUGGAAGGGCAUGGAUUUUUGUAUUUUGUUGUGUUCUUGUGGAACUCUUGAUUUUUACUCUCAGUGAAGCGAAGUUUACGAGAACCUGUAUUUUGAAAAGUAUUUUGUUUUUUUAAAGUGAAUGCAGUAAAUAGGGGGUUGUUUGUUUUUGUUUCUUUACAGUGAGUUUCGUGGCAGGGGUUCAGUGUGUGCUUCCUCACCCCCCCAAAAACCAGGCCCCUUUGGCUGCUUGCUCUGCUAGAAUUUGAAAUAAGUUCAAAUAAUGCACAAACAAGGUGUCUCCAGCUGUCUGUGCAGGAGAGACUGGCUCUCUGUUUUCAUCUGCACCUCUGGCUUCACAAACAUUACAAUCGCUUUUUUUUUAUCUGAAGUUGUGGAACACGCACAGUAAAUGUCAGUAUUCAAUAAUCAAAAGUAGUACAUCACACCAGUUUCAGAGGACAGGCCUCCAAGAGAGAGGCAGUACUCAGAUAAUUAGGUGAAGUUAAACACUGCGAGGUGUAUUUUCAUCUCUUUGUCUCCACGACAUUUAUGCCAUGCCCCACCUGUUCUAUUCACCAGCCUCCAAUGCAGAAGGGCAGCUGAACUUAGUGGGGUCACAGUCCACAAUAUGGGAGAGUGAGAUUUAGAACAGCUCCAACCACUGGGUCUGUCGCCCUCUGUCCCUCCCCACCCCUCCUUCGUGGGCCACACAGAAUCAUGAACUCUGCACUUGCACUAUAACCAUAAGAUCAUACUGCUUUCCUCCCUGUCCCUCGGCGUGAACAACCGGGCUGCACUGCCCUGAGAACGUUGAGACUGGUCUGAUGUGCCAUUCUGAAUAUUAAAACCUGGCUUUCACAACCUCAGUUCAGUACGUUCUGUUCUCACAGGCCUGCACUGCACGUUAAGGAAAAGCAGGGCUCCACCUGUAUUGCACAGCCAGUUCCAGUCCAUGCCC